AUGAGUUUUGUUUUUCGAGGAACAAGAGCAGAUAUUGAAAAUGGGUUUCCAGGAUUUAUACCAGAGAGGCGAGCAUUGCGUGUUCAUGCAGCACGUCCUAGUAAUUCCAAUUCACUCACUUUUCUCGUGACAGUUCUUCUGUUGUUCAUGAUACUGAACUCUCAUCAGAUGUCCCCAAAUUUUCUUCUCUGGCUGGUGCUUGGUGUUUUCUUGAUGGCAACAAUGUUGAGGAUGUAUGCGACAUGUCAACAGCUUCAAGCACAGGCCCAAGCUCAUGCAGCAGCAGCCAGUGGCAUUCUUGGCCACACUGAACUGAGGUUGCAUAUGCCACCAUCGAUCGCACUUGCAAGUCGAGGGCGUCUGCAGGGCCUCAGACUUCAGCUUGCACUUCUUGACAGGGAGUUUGAUGAUCUUGAUUAUGAAACUUUAAGAGCUUUGGAUUCUGAUAAUGUUUCAACUGCACCUUCUAUGACUGAGGAAGAGAUAAAUGCACUUCCAGUUCACAAAUACAAGGUCGCUGGUCCCCAGAGUGGUGGUUCCUCAACACAACAAGCAUCAUCUUCCACUUCUGCUGAGAAGAAGCAAGAUAAUUCAAAUGCUGUUGGGAGCAUGAAAGCCUCUGACGAUGAGCUCACUUGUAGUGUAUGCUUGGAACAAGUCAAUGUUGGUGAAGUGCUGCGUAGCUUACCUUGCUUGCAUCAGUUUCACGCUAAUUGCAUUGAUCCUUGGCUGCGCCAACAAGGAACAUGCCCUGUUUGCAAAUUUCGAGCAGGAUCUGGAUGGAGUGACAAUGGACAUAACGAUAUCGCGGACAUGGUUUGA